GACCAACCAAACAACAUAACUACCGGGACGGUAAAUGUAAGUUGCACGGUUUGUGGAAUAAUUUGUGGAUUAUUGUAGUUUUUUCUGUGAUUAGAAUCAACCCAUCAUGUUAACUGCCGGAAUACAAGGAUAGUCGAUCGAUCAGGUGAUGACUACUCGUAUCACGUGAUCUGAAAAUCAGCUUCGUACCGCUUUGAUCGCACUCGACGGGACCGGACUGACUGCCAAGAAAAGAUCGAAAAAGGACUCAAAUAUUGUAUGAAGCAGAGCCAAUAGGAUCAAAUCAUGUAGGAGGCACAUUGAGACCAAGUGAUGUACAUUUGUAGAUAAUUAUCAUUAUGUGUACAUGGCUUAAAAAGGGAUGAUCUAGUGUAAAAGUUCUACAUUGAAAAUCUCAGUCCUGCUAUAGAUCAUUGUACUACUGUAGCAUCAUUAUACUCUGCUGUCUGCACCGCAAUUAAUCUCUCUAUAUAAUUUAUUCCAGUAACUUCUUGCCUACACAUAAGAUAUUGGAGUUUAGGAAUAUUAUACCCCACACACAAUUUUAUUAGAAACUUAAGGAAGGCUGAACUUUAGGCACUGUAAAUUUAAAGAGACUUAUCUGUAUUGGAACAGGACCAUGCAUUUUUGGCAUAUCUAGUGGUCCCAUAGAUCUUAUAAAAAAAAAAAAUAGUUACCAAUCCUGAAUAGUAUAUUAGGGCCCAAGAUGUCUACCCUACUUGUUGGCACUUCUCUAUGGAUCCAAGAUGGCAGUAGCGCGUGAACCAAGUCCUCCCAUUGCCAUGCCUCACUCCAUUCAGUCAUACCAGGGCUCUUCGGCCGAUGGCGGAGACAAUGAGUCUGUCAUGAGUGAUCUGUCUUGGGAUGGUACCCCUGAUGAGAAUAUUUUGAGUGGUUCAAGCCGUGCAGCGACAUCGCUUGCCAUUCAUGAAGAAGACGAAGGGGAGCCUAAUCUAAGGUUCCUAGAUGACCCCGAUGGUGACCACACCCUCAUCAUGGAGGAUGAUGUCUACCACCAACUAGCCGAGAUGGAAGAGAAGCUCAAGAUGGCUGGAGAGUUUGGUAAUGCACUCCUGGAGGAGAACCAGGAGCUACGUAUCCUCAAUCAACAAGCUAAGCAGGAGACGAGCGCAAGCAUUGAGGCCCUGGAGCAGGAGAGGCAUGAGCUCCGUAUGAAGCUGGAGACUGCCCACACCGAGAAGGAGAACAUGUCGUACGAUCUCCGCAUGGAGGUGGAGUCUCUGCGGAAGGAGUUAGCCAAUCAGAGUGAGGUCCUCAAGGUUGCCAAUAGCAACAAGCAGGGCAUCAUUGGAGAGCUUUUGGAACAGAAAGAUCAGAACUUGAAACUAGCCAAUCAGCUUCAUGAGGUAGGUUAUAUUCUAAAGUUCAAAGGUAAUUUUAGGUUCAAAGGCAUCUCUGGUUGUAUUUAUUAUAGAAUUGUCAUCUAAAUGUAUAUCAAACGUUCAUACGUCUACCUUCUAUAUUAAAGUCAAAUAGAUAUCUCCGCCUUUUACUUUUUUUUAAUCCUCAAUUAUUACCUUCAGUUUCCCCAAAUUGCCACCUUUCAAAUACAAAUAUUCAAAUGCAACACCGACAAGAUCUGACUGAAAACAACACUACAUGUAUAAUCAUUGCUUCCUUUCUCCUUAAAGUCUGUGCCUCUCCAUCUCUCUUUGUAGUCACCGCCUUUUACUUGAAAAUCCUCCCCCAUCCCCAUCCCUUGAGGCCCAGUCAUGUAAAGGUAAUGAGAUGAGGCUUUCUCGUAUUGACAUCUUUUCUCUUCCCUUCCUGAAAUUAUUGUAUUUACAUUAGUAGAUAGGAUGUUGAUCCCAACAUCAAGAUCUUUGGAUUUAUUAAAAGGAGAAAAAUCUGAGAACUAUAACAGGUUUGACGAAAAUCCAUCAUAGAAUGUGUUCAUAGAAUGUGUUCUGAAUGCAUACCACUGGAAAUGUGAACUUUGUUUUUUGCUGAGAGCGGUAAUUGUCAGUAGAAUCUAUUUUGGUUCUUUAUUUACUGAAUCAUGCAAUUGUGACAGUAAGAUGGGUAUUCUUGCUUGUUAUGUCAUGCUACAUUAACUGUCUUCUGUUUGACAUGUUAGAGAGUGGAAGAUAGAAAGUGUCCGUAUUGUAUGAAAAGUAGAGAACAAAAAGAAGAGAGAGAAUGAGAGAUAGGGGAGGUGCAUUGAGGGGUGAUAAUAAUUAGGAAUAGAGUAGACAUGAAGGAUAUAGAAAUCAGGAUUCAAAAGGGAAAAAGAGAGGUAGAGUGAAGGAGAAAAAUAGCACUUCAUGAAGAUGUGAAAAUGGGAUAGAGAAAAGGAAGAGGAGGUAGGAAAAAAGGUUUUUCCAAGGGGGAUUCUGGGAGUGUGAUUUAUUAACCUUGACUCUACUAGGCGCUAGGGCUAUUUCACGCUACAACAGUUACCUCUCCACAGCGUCUCUCGAUUCUGGUAAUCAGGAGGCCAGUUUGUAUCCCACUUGUACUUUAGUGAUGUGGGUGAUGUUUAUUCUUCAAUUUCAGGAUGACUGCAGACGAAGAGAUAGAGAAUUAGGUACAGAAUGUUGUUAUUGAGUGCACAGAUUCAGAAAUGAUGAAUCGCAAGCAGUAGAUAAAUGAAGCAAUCAGGAAAGCACUGUAUUUAUAGAUGUUUGGUUUGGUGAGUGGUUACUGUUAAAGAUUAAUAUAUGGAAAAAGAGUACAUGAAAGGCACAAACACAGAAUGGGAUAGUUUAGAGAAGGAAGAUGGAGAGGAAUCGAGAGAGAAAGAGAGAGGGGAAAGCAAAUCAGAUAUUAUACAAAUGAAAUUAUAAAUCUAGAGGGUGAAAUGAAAACUUGGAUAGUAGUGAGUGAUUUUAUUCGGAGAUAAAGAGAGAGAGAGAGAAAUAGAGCAACAGGUUGUGUUUACAGUCAUCAAAUGUACAGUAUACAAAUGCUCACAGUAAUCUUAUGAAGAUAUGAAAAGACCAGCACAGGUGUAUUAAAGAUAUCCAGAUUCUCAUAAUACUUGUAAAUGUAAGGUUCUGUGUAAUAAAAACAUUAUUUGGUACUUUCUAACUACCUCUCUUUGUUUAAUUUGUUUAAUUUGAUUUAUUAUUAAUUAAGUAAUUGAUUCCCCCC